AUGGAGAAACAAAAUGAUUCUACGGCAAAGCGGCGGCGGUCGCACCGGAUGCUGACGAUGAGGAAUAUCGCGAUCCUUUGUGCUCUUUUGGUGCUAUUCUAUCACUUCCGCACGUGGAGCAUCGACUAUCCAGUGAGCUCGACCUCAUCAGCGCACACCCAGUUUUCGCACAUUUCGGAGGCAUCAUCAGAUACCUCAUCAGAUAUCCCAUCAGAUGACCCACCGGAUAUUCCAUCGGAUGCUCCAUCAGACAUGCCAUCAGAUAUUCCAGAAGGAACUCUAGCAGGAACUCUAGUCGAGAUUCCAACAGGAACCCCGGUAGAGGCAAUCCAGUCACAACCGCCCGACUCAACCGCAGAAAUACCCAAGAAGAUCUGGUACAAGCUGGGAGCGAAAGGCCUGAGCGACGAUGCACGUGGCUGGACGAAUACCUGCAUCUCGCAGAACCCCGAGUACCACGCAGAGUUCCUCACAGACCGAAUGGCGGACGAGUUCGUGAAGGAGAAAUACGCAGAUCGUCCAGAUAUUGUCAAGACAUAUAUGGCCCUUACAGUGCCAAUUCUCAAGGCGGACUUGCUGCGGUACCUGCUCCUCUAUUCAGAAGGCGGGAUCUGGUUCGACCUCGACGUUACAUGUGAGGGUAUCCCGAUAGAAGAGUGGAUCCCUGAGGAGUUCGAAGAGGAUGCGAGUCUCGUUGUGGGCUGGGAAUUCGACAGUGGCUAUGACUUUGCUUUCGAGAGACAGUUUACGACCUGGACUGUCAUGGCUAAGAAGGGCGUACCGCAUCUGAUGGCCGUGGUCGACGAUAUCCUGCAAUCAAUAGCUGACGUAGCCAAGGCUAAGAACGCGACGGUUUCGCAGCUGAACAAGGAGAUGGUUGGUGAUGUUGUCGAUUUUACCGGACCGAAGAGGUUUGCGAGAAGCGUCACCAAGAGCUUGGAGGCCUCGCUGAACAAGAUAAACGAGACUGGAGAAUGGAAGGGGUGGGACGCAUAUUAUGAGAAUCUAGAGCCGAAAAUGGCCGGAGAUGUCCUCAUUCUCCCUGGAUAUUCUUUAUCGCCAUCAUUCAACACCUACGAAGAGGAAGAUCAAGACAGGGUUGGCCCGCCAUUGGUAGUGCAUCACUACGCCGGGACUUGGAAGAACGACUAUGGUGGAGAGAAGGUGGAAGAGCUGGACCAGUGA